GCGCGUCUCCGCUCCCAGUGACUCGCUUGCGCCUCCACACCUCCUUGCUCCCCAGCUUUAGGGUUCUAGGGUUUCUGCUAUCCGCGCCGGCGCCUACUCCCACCAUGACGGCCGUGACCCCGACGCAGGAGGAGCUUCUCCGCGCCCAUCUGGAAGAGCAGAAGAUCGAGGAGGGAGAUGAGCCCGUAGUUGAGGAUGAUGAUGAUGAGGAAGAUGACGACGAUGACGAGGAUGACAAAGAUGAUGAUGAUGUUGAGGGAGGUGAUGCAAGUGGAAGAUCUAAGCAGAGUCGGAGCGAGAAAAAGAGCAGGAAAGCCAUGCUGAAGCUUGGCAUGAAGUCUAUCACUGGUGUGAGCCGUGUGACUGUUAAGAAGAGCAAGAAUAUCCUGUUUGUCAUUUCCAAACCAGAUGUCUUCAAGAGCCCUGCAUCUGACACCUAUGUCAUUUUCGGGGAGGCUAAGAUUGAGGACCUGAGCUCACAGCUGCAGUCACAGGCCGCUGAGCAGUUCAAGGCGCCUGAUCUUAGCAGCGUCAUCUCAAACCCUGAGGCGUCUACGGCAGCUCAGGAUGAUGACGAGGAAGUUGAUGAUACUGAUGUUGAGCCGAAGGACAUUGAGCUGGUGAUGACGCAGGCUGGUGUGCCAAGGGCCAGGGCUGUGAAGGCGCUCAAGAGCGCCGAUGGUGACAUAGUCAGUGCUAUCAUGGAACUGACGAACUAGCCGUCUCCGACCUGUGAUAUUAUGCCAGCUUUACCUUGUUUACAUGGGAAUACUCGAGUUGUAAUGUUUGGUGGUCAUCUGUGCGUACUAUGCUGCUCUGUGUUUAUGAGACUUGGAAGGGAUGUCAGAAUAGGCUUCUUUUUCAUGCAUUGGAACAAAUUCUGGGUUGGUUUCUAUCAGUCUUCUAUUUGUUUGAAUUCUGGUUGCUUGAAACAACAUCAUGUGAGUCCCUAUGACGGAAAUGGACAUAUCACAUCUUGGUACCAA